CGUCCGGGCUCCCCUUUGUCCGAGCCGCCUUCCUCUCAAAUCGCUUCGACUUGGUUCGGAGUGUGCACAAGUGCGUCCUGGAGUGCCGUUUCCCCUUUUCUCUUCUCCGCGGAGUUGCUACUGAAUCCCAGCAAACUGUGAAAUGUGCUCUUUGGCCGCUGCGGCAGCUCGGGGCUCCGAGAUCCUGCAAGAGGAUGAAGAAUACUGAGCUAAACUUUACGCGCUGUUCCAUACCCUGGUGUUUGGGGGCCAUUGAGGUGAUGCAGGUCCCCCUGUUAUCCCAGUGGAGGAGCCAGCUAAUGACAGGCGUAUUGGUCUGCUGAACGCCCCCACCCCCCCACCACCUCCACUGCCCUUCAUCCCUCCCUCCCCUCAUCGCUGAUGGCUCUAUGGGGCAUCAUCAGCCUCAGCCUUCAUUGCUGGGUGUGUUUACGAUCCGGUGCAACAGCAACAGCAGCGGCGUCCAGCCUACCUAAUGACAGACCGGGGGGACCUCUGGACUGGCUCCUUUCAGAUAAGGGACCAUUCCACCACUCCCCAGAGUACAUCGACUUCGUGGAGAAGAACCGACAAGGCUUCUCCACCAGAUACAAGAUCUACAGAGAGUUUGGGCGAUGGAAGGUGAACAACCUCGCUGUGGAGCGGAGAGAUUUCCUGGAGUCUCAGCUGCCUUUGACCCCCGAGUUCAUUAGGAACAUUCGACUCCUGGGGCGCCGACCGACGACCCAGACGAUUACCGAGAACCUGAUCAGGAAGUACGGAACUCACUUCCUGCUGUCCGCUACACUUGGAGGAGAAGAGGCCUUGACGAUAUUUGUGGACAAAAGGAAGUUAAGUAAGAAGGCAGAAGUGAGCGAUUACUCUGGCAACUCCUCCACGGUGACGCUGGAAGCCCUGCACCAGCUGGCGGCCUCCUACUUCAUCGACAGAGAGAGCACGCUGCGCAAGCUGCAUCACAUCCAGAUCGCCUCCACUGCCAUCAAGGUGACAGAAACCCGAACAGGCCCUCUUGGGUGUAGUAACUAUGACAACCUGGACUCGGUCAGUUCGGUGCUCGUUCAGAGCCCUGAAAAUAAAGUCCAGCUGCAAGGCUUGCAAGUGAUCCUCCCAGACUACCUGAGGGAAAGUUUCGUGCAGGCUGCUCUGAGCUACAUCGCCUGCAAUGGAGAAGGCGAGUUUGUCUGCAAAGACAAUGACUGCUGGUGCAACUGUGACCCCAAGUUCCCAGAGUGCAACUGCCCUUAUAUGGACAUCCAAGCGAUGGAAGAGAGCCUGGAGCGGAUCACGGAGACGUGGGGGAUGCUUUAUAAGGAGUUUGAAGAAUCAGAUGAAUUCAAGGCUUUUUAUGCAAGACUUCCCCAGAGCUACUUUUUGAAUGUGUCGAUGAUACAGCACUUGUGGUCCUUGGACAGCCUGUUUCAGUGGCGGUACGAGCAGCUGGAGAACAGCAUGCGCGUCCUCUCCAAACGAGCCCAGAGAGUCAUCUUCAAACUCUUUAGUCUCAGUAAAAGAUGUCACCGGCAACCUCAGGUUCGCAUUCCAAGGGAGAGGCCUCAGUCCUACUGGCUGGGUCAUUUCCAGUCCAUCCUGUACUGCUCCGAGAACAACCAACUAGGAGAAUUCUCAGAGGAGCUCCACAGCUGCAGCUGCCGAUACGAGCGUGGCGCCUGUCAGCUGCCUCCCCCUUGCUCUGUCGGGGAAGGCUCGGCCUGUGCGACCUGCGCGUCGGACAACCACACCAGAUGUGGGAGCUGCAACCCCGGCUUCGCCCUGACGCAGGGGGCUUGCAGACCUAUGGUGGCAGAUUCUACAGAGAACUACCUUGGCUUUGAGACGGACCUCCAGGAUUUGGAGCUGGGCUACUUACUCCAGAGAGCAGACCGCAGGCUAGAGGUUCAUGCGAUUUUCAUCAGCAACGACAUGCGACUUAACAGCUGGUUCGACCCGUCCUGGAGAAAGAGGAUGCUGCUGACGCUGAAGAGCAACAAGUACAAGUCCAACAUGGUCCACAUGCUGCUCGGAGUGUCCCUUCAGAUCUGCCUUACCAAGAACAGCACCCUGGAGCCUGCCCUGACUCUCUACAUCAACCCUUUUGGAGGAAGCCACUCUGAGAGCUGGUACAUCCCUGUCGAUGAGAACAGCUAUCCCGACUGGCACGCCACCAAGCUGGACCUGCCCUUUGAGUGUUACAACUGGACUUUGACUUUGGGUAACAAGUGGAAAACUUUCUUUGAAACCAUCCACAUCUACCUUCGCAGUAGGAUAAAGACUCACGACGGAGUGAACGACAGCGUUUAUUACGAGCCCGUAGAAAUGACAGAUCCUGCUCAGAGCCUGGGGUACAUGAAGAUCAACAGCAUCCAGGUCUUUGGCUACAGCAUGAACUUCGACCCAGAGGCGAUCCGAGACCUGAUCCUGCAGCUGGACUACCCGUACACCCAGGGCUCGCAGGACACGGCCAUGCUUCAGCUCAUGGAGAUCCGAGACCGGGUGAACCGGCUGUCCCCUCCUGGCCAGCAGAAGUUGGACUUGUUUGCCUGCCUCCUCCGUCACAGACUCAAACUAACGCCUAGCGAGGUGGUUCGUAUCCACGCCUCUUUACAGGCCUUCAUGUCACGUCUGCCCAAUUCAGCGGAUUAUGAGACCACCAAACUGUGCAGUUAACAGCCGCUUGCAGAAACUAAACAGCUAAAAGGGGAACUGCGGUAGCUUAUUUGGUGCAGGUGCACACACACACACACACACACACACACACACACACACACACCUGCUCGGUCUCAAUGGAUUACCAAACUCUGUGGCUAAUCAGACCACAACCAGCUGUGGACAGCUGAAGAAUGUGCUCAUUUGGUUCUUUUGGGUUUUGUGGAGCCUAACCUUGCGGUGUUGCAUAAGAACAAACCGGCGGCAUCAGUGGGGAACAGCUCAGCUGUUUCUCCAAAACAAGAUCAGAACAACUGCAGUAGAAAGUUAGCAGGAUCAUCACGUUUCAGUACCACGCUGCUCAUUUAUACUGUAAGUACCAAAUGAAUGGACACGUGACGGUUAAACAUGGUACUGUCUGUUUGUUGGUAAUUUUUAUAUGUUUCUUUGCUUCAGUGACGGUGCACUUUCCAUAAACGCCACAUCGAAGUCAUGUGGGACGAUGUUUUGUAGAUAAAUUGAUAUUAAAACAUCAUGUUACAGAUUUGA